UUGUUGUCAAGAAAACAAAAUGGGUUUGUUCCAAAGUUGUUUGAGAAAAAAUAAUAAAGUUGGUAUUCUCUCUGACGAAGAGAAAGCCGCUUACAAAAAGAUCGAGGAGGUAAACAAAGAAAUGGAGCAAGAGAAGACUGACGUUCAAACCCUCCCAAUGAUGAUGUUUUGUGUUACUCCGGUGAAAGUCCAUGGGGAUACCAUUCAUAUUAAUGACGCUCCUCCAGAUGUAAUUAAGAAGGCUGAGUUGCUGAACUUUACUUACAAAUCAAGUGUGCCUAAGUUGCCGCCGAUUCCUGGACAAGUGAAGACAAUCCUGAUUCAGGAUCUAGAAGACGAGAACGAUUUCCUUAAAUGGGAAGAAGAAACCAAAAAAGUGCUUAUGGAGAAUGGUCCUCUGAAGAAGAACAAACAUAAGUUGACAGAACAAAGAAGAAGACAGCUUCUCCGAAGAACAUCUAGACAAGAAGUAAAUUAAAAGAAGCCAUUGUGAACAAAUGAGACAGAACAUAUCUGCUGCUGUUUUCUUAAACAGGAUGACUUUGAAAUUUGAACACUUCUGUUAAUUUGGUUUCAGUCGUGAAUAUCUUUGUCGAAGGAGGACUUCUAUAUAGGCUGGCUGUAAGCAGUUGCCUUAUAUACUUUAUACGACUGUUGUGAUUGUGCUUGUUCCUAUAUAUAUUUUCGUUGUUGAAAUUUUAAAGGAUGUGGAUAAUGGAUUAAUUUUUUUGGCUCGUUGUAAACUAAUAAUAAAAAUCCUUCUUUUUUUUGGCUUCAACAAUUU